AUGUCAGGGAGCUUUCUCGGCCGCGAACUUGAUAUGGGGUCUCUUACACGUACUGUUGGAUCGUCCGCAGCUGAGAGGAAACCAGAUCUUGGGAUCCUGCCGAAGGUGACGCCUUGGCUAGAAGACAUAAGCACAGACUUGAGCCUGAUCAGACAGUACGACUGGCUCUUUGAAGAAGAACCCCUCUUCAGAGGUGUUCUUGUAGCCAUCUAUGCCGGCAUAAUCAGACUAUGGUCUAGAGCAAUUGCCAGUCUCGCACGUAACCGAGAGGUGCCUACGAUGCUGAAAGAGUUCGACGAAGCCCUCGCGGCAAUCACCAAGGAGAUCGAGCGCGUGAAGCAUGGAGGGCGCGCAGCGCAAGAUCGCCGCUUUGCCAUAUCGCAAAGUAAUUUGUUGAACGAUGACGCCAGCAACAGCGGUGCACCUCGAGCGCAGAAGUUCCAGGCGGCUGCCAAUCCAAAAGUCCCACUCGACAACAUACCGUAUCCACGAAACCCAUACUUCUCCGGUCGAACGGCGCUUCUCGAGGAGAUCAAAGCCGAGUUAGUGCCACAAAACGACCCACAAGAGAUCAAGUGUUGCUUGCUGAGCGGUCCCGCCGGGAUUGGGAAAACACAGCUCGCAUCACAAUAUGCGAUGGGACGGAAAGACCUUGCGUUUGCCAAAGACCCGAAGGCCGAAGCGGUCAUAUUGUGGAUCGAGUGCGAAAAUGAUAUCCAGCUUGGAGAAAGUCUUCGAGAGACCGUGACGCAGGUCGGUCUUACGGAGGAUGCUGAGGGUACAGCCGUUGAGAAAUGUCGGCUGAUGCUAUACCGGUGGUUGAAAACAACAGGUGAGAGGCAUCCAAAUGCUAUCAAUCAGAUGAAGCUAACGGUAAAAGAGCACAAAUGGCUCAUAGUUCUCGAUAAUGUCGAAGAAGAGACAGUGUUGCGCAGCAUCUGGCCACAUGGACUACGGGGCGCAGUACUGGUCACCUCGAAGCACCCGAUGUUGGCGCCCGAUCUUACGGGAGACGCGAUCGAAGUUCCCAAGUUCUCGGACGAAGAAGGGUCAGCCUUCCUACAAAAGGUACUUGCUCGAAAAGAGUACUCUGGAGAGGAGCUUAAAUCGGCUAAGCUCCUGUCGCAAGAGAUAGGAGGACUUCCACUGGCGUUACAAUUGCUGAGCAAGCAAGUCAAGUCCCAGGGUGGAAAGAUAGGCCGCUUCCUCCAAUCAUACCAGCGCGAUCCAAGACGACAACAUGAACAAUCGAACAAACGAGCCACGGAUGUGUUCUACAACAAGUCUCUAGAAAACGCGUGGUCCACAUCAUUUGAUCCGCUCACGAAAGAUGAGAAAAGCUUGACGUUGAUGGCUAUUCUGUGCUGUUUGGGAGCAGAGCACAUCCCGAAGGACCUCUUCGAUUAUGAGGAUCGUGAAGCCUCCGAUUUGGGGGAGUUCUCAUCCGAGCUGGAGUUCUGUCAUGAUGCUGCGGAUUUUGGGGACGCUCUCGAGCCGAUCAUGAGCUCUUCGAUGAUCAGCGUUGAUGCCAAUGACGACUUCAUGAGUAUGCAUCGGAUGAUCCAGUCUUCGUUCUGCGAUUGGCAUACCAAGAAUGACAGUCUUCGCAAACCUUUGCUGCAAGCGGCUAAGCUACUUUUCGAGGCAUUUCCAGAGCAUAAGUUGGGCAUCUCUUUGCGUGACCAGUAUCUCAUGGAGAACAACUUCUGGACGGAAUGCAGGCAAGUGAUAGUUGAGGCCGAAACAAUCUGUAAAGACCACGAAAGCCUCGCAUAUGCACAUAUAUGCAACACCGCCGCCAUCAUCGAGUAUGAGCGAGGUCACGCUGCCGAUGCAUGGCCAUACAUGAAGAAAGCUCUCGCCAUUAGAGAAGCCCAGUGGCCUAGCGACCACCACGGCCACUGCGACACCUUGACAAACCACGCGCUUCUUCUCAUGACGGAAAACCUUAGUCCCGCGAAGUUUCAAGAAGCGGAGGCAUUGCUACGUAAGGUGAUCGAGCUCGCUAAGCCGCAUCAUGACGAACUUCAUUCCGUUCUCCAUCAUCACUACACAAACCUUGGUGUUUGCUUGCUUCAACAGGGCAAGUACGAUGAGGCCAUGGAAUGGGUCAAGAAAGGAAUGGACAAUGCCAACAACGAGCAUUUCGAGGCCGUCGACCGCCUGAACCGAACUCUCGAUCUUUGCCGUGUCGCCGAGAAGAAUAAAGGCGACGCUGGAGAUACCGCAAGGGUGAUGCGAAAACUCGCAGAGGCGUUGGAGUUGGCAGGCGACAAGACUGGUAGGUUCAAGAGGCUCGAAGCCGAGGCCGUGCGUAGGAAGCUCCAAGGGUCGAGAGCAGAGGAGUUGGGUGAUACCGAGAGAUCUUACAACAUGUUGGUUUUCGUGGCGUUCUGGUGA